AUGGCGUGUGCUUUGUAUGCAUGGAAUUGCAAACGAAGAUUAAAAGCAACCCUCAAUAAGAGAACAAUUCCGAUCACGCCAAUUGAAUUAGAGCCUUUAGAGUCUUUAAACCAAGCGACCCCUUAUCUUCAGUCUCACAUGACGGCUGUGGAUUCUACGUCAACGUCAUUACCGGGUUCAAUAUCUGGAACUGUCUCUGAAAAUAGCAGUAAGGCUAGUAGAAUGCCACGGACAUCAUCCGUUUUCGUCACAGUUAAGACUGUGGAAGAACUGGAAAACGAUUCCGUCUUGAACUACAUUUUGGAACGAGCGCUGCACAUACAAGAAUUUAUCACCAGUUGGACAACAAAAUGUAACAACAAAACAAUAGAUUUCAUUGGUCUUGUCUGGAAGAUAAACUUACCGGCAGCUAACCUUUAUGAACAGGAGUCAAAGUUAAACGUUAUGGAAUUAAAUUUGACCCCACAGCACAAAGAUAACCUGUUAAGAAAUCUC